GCCGCAUGGAGUGGUUUUCACUGUGUAGCAUGUGAUGGUGUGGCCACCUGGACUGGGGACAAGAAAAGUACCAUUGGUAUUAUUGAGGAAGAAGGCGUUCUGCUGUGUCUGCAGUGCAACAGGCUUGGAAGACCUAAUCAGUAUUUCAUUGACAUUUGUAGAAUAGUCAAUGCUCUCCAGGAACAGGCUGAAGAGGAUUUACAAAAGGGAGAUAUAUCUUCAGCCAUCAUUGGUCUUAAGAAAGCAAUUGCUUGUGGCACCAAAGUUUAUUUGGCAGAAAAUCAGUAUUUUGUGUCACUGCAAGAUACAUUGGCACGGUAUUUAGGUGAAGCAGGAGACUAUGAGGGCUGUUGCCAAGAACUAAGAAAGUGUCUGCAAGUCACAGAAUCUCGCUUUGGAGCAGAAAGCAUUGAGCUUGGACAUGAGUUGCUGAAAUAUUCAGAUGCUUUGGCUCUGGCCUUGGGUGGUAGUAAAAGACAUGAAGAUUCGCUUUCAAGGGUAAGAAGGAGAGUAGAUGAGAUCUUCACUUUGAACUAUGGGCCUCAUUGGAAGAAGUAUAUGGGUACUAAAUUUAAGGAAUAAGAUUAAUGAUAUUAUGUAACAAAUAGUCUAUGAAUUAGUGUAAAUUACUUGGUUCAUUGUAAUAAAUCCUACAUAUUCUUCACACUAUCACUGGUUUAAAUACAAG